GAGAACUUUACACAACAUCUCAAAAUAUCCUUGUUAUGGUCUGGUUGGAACAAAACAUGACUUAAAAUCGAAAGUUUUAAUAAUAUUUGCGCCAUGGCUUCUUUGAAUAUCGAAAAUUGGACUCCUAGUAAUGUCGCCGAGUGGAUAAAAGGACUUGGACCUCAAUUUGAAUCUUGUGCUGAGAGCUUUGUUGAUGAAGAAAUAAAUGGCAAAGCAUUGUUGACUAUCAAUACAGAAUAUUUGGGAGAAUUAGAUAUAAAAGAUUCUAAUGAUCAAAAUGCGGUAUUGGAUGCAGUUCGUUGUCUAAUUGAAGUGGAAUCCUGUCUUCAAGAAGAGACCGUCCAUGGUCAGGUUGUUGUUGUUAAUAGUCAGACAAAAAAAUUGAUUGAUAAACUAGAAAAAGAAGGACUUGAAGCCAGUGAAGGAGACGUCAAUACAAGCCAAAGUUCUAUGAAAAAUGCAGAACAAGUUUAUCAACUAGCAAAGAAACUUUUGUCAUGGCUUUUGAGGACACCCUUUUCAGAGAUGAAUGCAUGUUGGCCUCUGAAGGAUUCUGUUUGUCGUGUUGUGAGAGAUAUGACUGAUGAGAGUUUAUUGAAGAAUCGUGAGCAUUUACAAGAAAAUUUGAAAAAAAUUCAACUGUCUUUUGAAAACUUCCUGAAUGAGGAGCCCCUACAUGAGGCAUUUAAGCAACCUUCUAUAUUGGUCAAUGAGGAGUUCACUUUGGAAGGAGAAGGAUUGGGAAUUGGCAUCACGACAAUUCAUCACAUUCAUACCGUAAAUUCUGUUGCUGUAGAGUCGCCAGCAGGAAAGAAUGGAAACAUUAAAAAUGGCGAUGAAAUCGUGAAUGUCAACGGGCAAUGUGUUAUUGCUUGGCCACAGAAGAACGUGAUAAAUCUUAUGAAAUUAAAAGAUGACUCGGUCUCGUUGACAUUAAAGAAGCUCCCCCUUGUCAAGGGACCUCUGAACAAGCCUUCAGACAAGACUGGCACCCCCCUGAGUGAGAUGAACGUUGUCAUGGAUCGUACGAAGGUUGUGCCAGAGAGACAAGCUCGUGCUGAAAUGAAGGAAGCUGGAAUCAAGGAAGAGACGAGCUUGGAAAUGCAGGCGAUCGAAAACGAGAAUGCCGCCGAAGAAAACUCCAAAGUGGAGGCAAGGAUCGAAGGAAUAAAAGAAGAAGAGGAAGGAAAACAAGAUGUAGUGGAAAAUGGAACGAGUAAAGUGGAAAACGUGGAGCCAGUUCCAGAGAAGGAUGAAGAGAAAAAGGUCGAAGAACAAGAAGCUCCUGCAAAAGACAAGGACAAAACAGGCGAGAAUGAAAUAAAAGUUGAAGCUGAGAAAGACGGCGAGGUUGAAAAGCCCGAAGAUGGGGAAAAAGAGGCCGAAAGUGAAGAGCUGAAAAACGGUGAAAAAGUUGACGAAACUAAACCUGACGAUGUUGAGAAAAACGGCGGCGAGACGAAGGAAGAGGCUGCGGAUAAAACCGAAGAAGAAGAAGCUCCAGUUGUUGCUCCGGAAGACAAGUCAGAGGAGGUGGAAGCACCGAGCGAAGAUCAAGGAAAGAUCGUCGAUACUGCGUCUGGCGAAGGAAAUGAUGGUGCGGCAAAAAUUGAAGAAAAUGGCGAUGUCAAUGCCGACGCUAAAGAAGCGGAGAGUCUUGAGAAGAAAGCCGAGGUGAAAAAUGAGAAGAUUGUCAAUGGUGAAGCGACUGUGGAAACGCCACAGAAAUUGGAGAUCAUUCAGACAGAGAAAACAGAUCAGACUUCGUCUACAGAACCCAAGAAGACAGAAGAAAGCGAUCCUAUUGUUGAGAUAAAUGUUCAAGCUGCAUCUCCGAAGAAAGAAGCCUCAGAACUAACUGUGACACAAAACGGCGAAAAUGAUGUGCCUACAAGUCCAAAGCCAGAGCCGGUCAGCCCGAGCAAGAAGCCAAGUCGCCCUGACCUGCCAAGGAUGAAAAUGGGCUCAGUAAAGAAUGUCACCGUUGGAGGAACAAAGAGAAAAGAAGUCGAAGUUUAUGGAGUUGUCAGACGACAAAAAAACCAAAACCAGAUUGCAGGAACGGCAACCAAACGCAUCUCAUGCAUCGAGCUUGGUGAAGCAGAUUGCGAAGGAUGGCUUACGAAACGAAGUGGGGGUCAUGGUCUAACACCGACAAGAUGGCGGCGGCAAUGGUGUGUGCUGAAAGAAGAGCAUUUGUACUAUUAUAAAACAUCGUUUGAUCGAGAGGCUGGCGGUGUUAUCGAGAUGACGGGAUAUAAUAUGUCAGCUUCUCCAGAAAUCAAGAAGCCUUUUGCAUUCAAGUGUGAAAAAGACGGGGCGAAGAAGUAUUUCUUUCAUGCGGAUAACGAGGUGGACAGGGAAAUGUGGAUUAAAGCUCUGAAUGCGACAGCGCGUGGCGAGAAGAAGCCGAAGGAGACUGGUGUACCUCAGAUGCACGAAAACGCUGAGCGCAAGGGUAGUGUUUCGGGGCUCAAGGUGUCGCAAGCCAAUAGACCGAGGACUGGGUCUGUCUUAGCGGGAAUCCGAUUCAAUUACUAUGAUGACGAAGAUAUUGAGAGAGAUCGUAAAGUCGCUCACGAACCAGCGCAACGCGAGAACGAGGGCCUUGUAAACGGACAAAAGGCUGACCCUGAACAAAGUACCGGGGAUGAAAAUGCCGCUUGCCAGAAUGUCCUCAAAAUUGCGGCCGGCGUUUCAGAUGACGAAAAGAAGACCGAUUCAAAUGAGAAGAAUACAACAGACGAAGCUAAUAACGAAUCGCAAGAGAAAGGGGGCGAGGAACAAGCGAAGGACACACCAACUACAAAUGUGGAUAAUAUUGAACAUAAUAAGGAUAGUCAAGAUACAUCGGAGAGCAAGGAUAAAACGGUUAAUGAGGACUCCAGUGUUGUAGUAGGUACACAAGAGGGAACGAUAGGUAAGGAUUCGGCAGAAAUGAACGAAGAUGUUGCGACGAAAUCCGAGGAAGAAACGGUAAAGCUCGACGAUAGUACGACCAAGUCUGAAGUUAAAUCGGAAACCUCUGAAGAUGCACCGCAGAAGUUAGAAGAUGAUACCACAAAAUGCGAGGAUGUUUCGUCGGGGUCCGUAGAAGAAACGGUUAAGCCCGAAGAUACUACGACAAAGUCUGAACAAAAGGUAGAAACCUGUAAAGAUGAUGUUCCUAAGUCCGAAGAAGAGACGACAAAACCCGAGGAUGUUACAUUGAUAUCCGAAGUAGAAACAAAACAGCCUGAGAACAGCACGACGACAGCCGACGAUACAGUGGAAAACGCCGAAGUCGUCACCCCAAGUUCAGAAGAAGAUACGACAAAGCCUGAGGAUAGGGAGCCAAAGUCCGAAGAUAGUACGACAAAGUCUGAAGAUAGUACGACAAAGUCGGACGAUAGCACGACGAAAUCCGAAGAUAACGUGGAAACGCCGAAGUCGGACGAAACUACGGUGGAGUCCAACGAUUGUACCGCCAACUCUGAAGAUAAAUCGGAAACGUGCGAAGAGAAAGCGGAAACCUCCGAAGAAAAGCCGAAGGAUGAAUUUGAGGAAGUAGCAGAGUCAAUCAAGGAAGCGGAAAUAGGCAUUGAUGGCUCGGAAAAGUCCGCUGGUGCGAUAUUAAGGAAGCUCUCCAUGAAUUCGGAAAGCGAAAUUAUGGAUAAAGUUGUAAAGUUGCGAAUCUUACGACAAAGUUUGAAGGACAAGGAACAGAGUAUGGAUGCAAUUGACGAACUUCUGACAUCAGAAGUCACUCCAGAAUCAAUUGCUCAGUGGAGAGCGAAGUAUGAGACUAUUACCAAUUCAAGUGAAAAUGGGAACGACUUGAAUGAGAAUAGCCAAUUAUAGCCGUGCUCAGCGAAUUUCAAAAUUAUCAUGCGCUGUUUGUUACUAAGCAAACCUCUUUCGUGUUGUGAAAUGAGCAGUUUUAUUGAAGCUACUGAGGUAUAGCUUGUUGUAUGCGACCUUCCACGACCGAAUCGGUCGAUGAUGAGUUUACCUAACACCGCUUGGAGUGUCUGCAAUUCAUAUACUAAGGUUGACGAGUAAUCUUGACUUCUUACAAGAUAUUAUGCCACCUAUCCUAGGGGCAGUUUGUUCAAAGUUUAAAACCUGGUUAGCUUACUUCUACGAAUCAAAUUUUGCAAGAACGUAUUCACUAAAUUUGACAUGCUCUUCCAUAAAUCCCUCCUGGCUCAGUGGAGGUUUCGUUUUCAGGAACCGGUUGUAAAAAAACCCAUCAAACUAUAUUCUCGGUAGUUAAAUCGUUGUUAACCGCAAAAUAUACGAUUCUUAUUGGCCAUACUAUCACUAACUCUUCUCUAGGAUUAGUCCCUGAAGUUUUACAUUAAACGGUCAUGCAGAACUUGUGCGGCUUUGAACAGGCAGUUCUUGGAUAAUUGAAUUUCGACAACUUGUUAAUAAGUGUACUGGGUACUACAUUUGAGUUCCUUUUAGUUUACUAAAAAAUAUAUAAUUUUAUAAUCAACAACACACACCUAGCUUCAUGUUAGUAUUAUUUACGUAUUGGAAAGUGUAUAAUUAUUUUUGUAGUGAUUUUUAUGAAUAUGAAUGAAUACAAGAUGUCUGCAUUAACAGCAUCAAAUGUAAUUUUGAUUUUCAAUGAAAAAUGAAUGGAAUUAGAUGAAAUUAAAUAUUAUCGAUGAA